AUGGUGACUCCGUCUUGCUCCGGGUCCCGUUCCCUCUUCUUCCUCUUCCUCCUCGUCUUCCUCCUGGUCCUGUGCUGUGAGGUCUGCAGCUACGAGGCUCCUGAAGAUAAGGAGGAUGUGUUUGCUAGAAGAGCCUGUCCUGCCUUCCUGUCCUUCACCAACGCCGCCUACCUGGCAGGAGUUACCGUGGAGCUGCCGUGCCACUGCAAACCGCCGCAGGUCCACUCGGUUGUGUGGUUUCACAAGAAGCACUGGGGGGGCUCAGAGGACACCCGCCUGCUGUCAGAUCACCAUGGCAACAAGCUGCUGGACUCCAGCCGGGUCCCUCACAGCGGCGACCUGCGGAGCCGAUUCUCCAUCCGUCUCUUCAGCCUGCUGAUCUUCAGGGCGGGGCCCGACGACUCCGGCGUCUACCUCUGCGGCUCCGCCCACCGAGACUUUUUCUAUGGUUACGACCUGGACAUCCAGGAAGCGCACACGCUCCGCUUCAUGCCGAGGUGACUCGCCCGGACGGGGCCGCAGGGAGGAGCGGCGGACGGGCCGGGCGCUCCUCAGCCGCUGUACCGGUUCUUCACCAGCUACCGGCGCUGGUCGGUGUGCGAUCGCUGCGGGGAGCCGGGCGAGCAGGUCCGAGCGGGACUUUGCUACGUCCACUCUCGCUUCCUGCACGUGCGCUACAGGCGGACCAAUCACACGGCUGCCUCCUGCGGCUCGGGGGCGGUGCCGAGGGCCUUCGGCUUGUCCCGGCUGGGGAGCAGAGGUGGGGCUGAGAUGGAGGUCAGAAGGUGUCAAGUGAAGUGCCCACCUCAACCUCCUCCCUCCCCCAAACUCCUGGCUCUGAUGGCUUUCCUGGGCUACAGUUCCUCCUCCCGUCCAGCAGAGGUGCCAGUGUACUAUCUGAACCACCCGGCUGAGCGGGUCCUGACCCUCGGCUGCCCCGGGGCACGACCCAACCUGGCCGUGGCCUGGGACCGCGAAUCUGAGCCCAUCUACCGCUCUGAGCACCACGUGCUGGGUCGCAACGUCAGCGGCGCCCCCCCCAGGCUGCUCAUAGACAUGGGACACCACCUGGUGUUCACACCCGCCAAGACGGAGGACUCAGGCGUCUACUACUGCUGGCUGCAGGGCCGCCGCACCGCCGAGAUCCGUCUGCUGGUUUAUGUGCGUUUGGGGCGGGGCCAGUCCGUGACAUCACAUCCUGACUUCCUGUUGGCUCUGAGGAUGGUGCUGGCGGCGUACAGCGUCAUGACAGCCGUCUUCACUCUGCUGGUGCUGCUCAGAGCUGGACUCCACAUUUUGAGAGACGCUGGACGGAACAAAUUACAUCGACCCCGCGAGGUGGUCCAUGUGGUGAUGUGCAUCGUGGCCUCUGAUGCGCACCCCGUGGCCGUGGUGGCGGGGAUCAGUCAGAGAGCCCCUACCACUAACAUGGAAGACCCAGCCAGCACUGACAGACUUCUGGCAGUAAUUGAAAAGAAUGCCCCACAAAUUCUUGUAGAGUACAAAGGGACAGGCAUUCUUUCUGUGCCUUCACGGAAACUACUUGUGAAGACCUGUGUCGGAGAUCUGCUGGAGAGUUACCCUCUUGGUGCAGAGAAGCCUGCUUUGGCAAAACCCAUCAUCACCACGUUCCCAUUCCUGACUGUCAAAGUUGCAGGAAAAGAUACGAGCAUUUCUAUGAUCCACUCUCCCACUGUGGAUUCCAAGAGACCAAACUGA